UGGAGGAUAGAGAGAUGAAGAGAGAGAAGAGAGAUUCACAACACUCUCUUCAUUGAUCAGAGCAGGUGCUGGACUUUCAUCCACAUCUCACUGAUGUCCGAGGAGAAAUGGCUCUGCGGUAGGACUCGAUGAGCUCCAGCAUCUGACCGAACGAACUUCAGAUUCUCAUCCAGUCUCGAGCUCAUCGAUCAGCGGCUUUUUCAUUCUGUCCCAAGCUUCUUUUUCGCGGGAUCUUUGCGGCAUUUCCCGCCUUUAAAUCAGCGUGAGCUGUAGCGCCUGAACGGAGGCUGAUGAUGAAUAUGAAACACAUCAGAUCGGGCAUAUAAUGGGCAUCGAGGACGCGGGCAUGAGGAACGGACGGGCUCUGUCCGAUCAGUGGGCCGACAGCGUGGUGGUCCGGCCCCGGACCACCGAGCAGCACAUCACGGUGCAUAAAAGACUGGUGCUGGGCUUCGCCAUCUCCAUCCUCACCCUCAUCAUCGUCACGGCCAUCGCCAUCACGCUCAGCGUCAGCUUCGAGAGAUGCGCUGCGGAGAGCAGCGGGGCUCUGGCCGCCAACGGCUCCAGCAACAGUAAGUGGAAACAGUCCCGGGACGGGAACAUCAGUCACAGAGAUUCGGAGGACGGCCAGCAGCCCUGGAGACACCUGCGCUUACCGGCCACCCUGCGCCCGCGCCACUACGACCUCCGCCUGACCGUGCACAUGGAGAACUUCAGCUUCUCCGGCGAGGUGAACAUCGAGUUUGAGUGCGUCAACUCUACCAAGCUGAUCGUGCUGCACUCGGACAGGCUAGAGCUGGACAAAGUGCUGGUGUUUUCGGACAGUAAGAAAGCGGGCGCUAUGCGGAUCCAGCGCCGGUUCCACUAUCAGCCCAAACAGGUGUAUGUGAUCGCGCUGCACAGAGAGAUGAAGCCCCUCAGAACAUACAAGAUCAACAUCACCUUCACCGCGCACAUCGAGCACGAGCUGCUGGGCUUCUUCCGCAGCUCCUACAUGCUCAAUGGAGAAAGAAGGUUUCUGGCGGUGACGCAGUUUUCUCCGACUCAUGCUAGAAAGGCCUUCCCAUGUUUUGAUGAGCCCAUCUAUAAAGCCACAUUCAGAGUGAGUCUGAAACACGAGAGCUCGUAUCAAUCGCUGUCCAACAUGCCAGUGGAGGCCACCACGUCUGAUGAGGACGGAUGGGUGACCAACCAUUUCUCCAGGACGCCUCGCAUGUCCACGUAUUACCUGGCCUGGGCCGUUUGUAACUUCACCUACAAAGAAGCAGUCGCAGACAAUGGAGUCAUGAUUCGGCUGUACGCCAGACCUGAUGCCAUCCAGAGCGGAUCGGGUGACUACGCUCUGCGCAUCACCAAGAGACUCCUGCAGUUUUACCAGGAUUACUUCAAAGUCAAAUAUUCCCUCCCCAAAUUAGAUCUGCUGGCAGUGCCGAAACAUCCGUAUGCAGCCAUGGAGAACUGGGGCCUCAGCGUGUUUGUGGAGCAGAAGAUCUUACUGGAUCCUGACAUCUCCUCCUUCUCCUAUCAGAUGGAGCUCACCAUGGUGGUGGUGCACGAGAUCUGCCAUCAGUGGUUCGGGGAUCUGGUCACACCGGUUUGGUGGGAGGACGUUUGGCUGAAAGAGGGAUUCGCUCAUUACUUUGAGUACAUUGGGACUGAUUUCCUCUUUCCAAAGUGGAACAUGGAGAAGCAGAGGUUUCUGACUGACGUCCUUCAUGAAGUGAUGUUGCUGGAUGGUUUGGCCAGUUCUCACCCGAUCUCUCAGCAAGUGUUUGAAGCCACAGACAUCGACAGAGUCUUUGACUGGAUCGCCUAUAAGAAGGGAGCUGCUCUGAUCCGAAUGCUGGCAAACGUCAUGGGACAAACACUAUUCCAGAGAGCCCUCAAUGAUUACUUGAUGACGCACAUGUACGGGAAUGCAGCAAGAGAUGACUUAUGGAACAAACUCUCCGAGGCUAUGCAGCGAGAGGGAAAGGAUAUCAACAUCACACAGGUUAUGGACCGCUGGACUCUACAGAUGGGCUAUCCGGUCGUCACCAUCAGCAAGAACGACAGUCUGGACAACAGUAUCACUAUUUCCCAAGAGCACUUUGUCUACGACACAGACGCCAAGAUCCAGAAUCCUGAGCUGUUCAACAAAAGCUUCCAGUGGCAAAUACCGCUAACGCUCGCAGUGGGAAACGCCAGUCACAUAUCAACUGAGACCAUCAUUUGGGUCACAGAUAAAACAGAGAUGCACAGAGUGGGUCACAUGGUUGGUGAGACAUGGUUGCUGGGCAACAUCAAUCAGACGGGCUACUUUAGAGUGAACUACGAUCUUCACAACUGGAAACUUCUUAUUCAACAGCUGAUGAGAAACCCGACGAUCAUCUCUGCGGGCAACAGGGCCGGUCUGAUUGAUGACGUCUUCAACCUGGCGAGAGCUGCAUAUUUGCCACAAAACAUCCCCCUGCAGAUGAUCUCCUAUUUGUCUCAUGAGACUGAGUUCCUGCCCUGGCACGCUGCUAGUCGAGCACUUUACCAGCUGGACAAACUCCUGGACCGCACUUUAGACCACAGCCUGUUCAGCGAUUAUGUUCUAAGACAGGUGGAACCAAAGUAUCACAAGCUCGGCUGGCCAGCCACUUCCCCUGACGGCUCCUUCAUGCAUUCAGCUUAUCAGACCGAAGAGCUGCAGAGAGAGGUGAUCAUGCUGGCCUGCAGUUUUGGAAACAAACACUGUCACCGCCAGGCUGUUUCUCUCAUUUCAGACUGGAUUUCCAGCAACAAGAACAGGAUUCCACCCAACGUCCGGGACAUUGUGUACUGCACAGGUGUUUCUCUAAUGGAUGAGGAUGUGUGGGAGUUUAUCUGGAUGAAGUUUCACUCAUCUACAGCUGUCUCUGAGAAGAAGGUUCUUCUGGAGGCCUUGACCUGCAGUGACAACAUCUUCCUGCUUAACAGGCUCCUGAAUCUGUCCCUCACGUCAGACCUUGUGCCGGAUCAGGAUGUGAUUGAUGUCAUCAUACAUGUGGCCCGCAAUCCACUGGGAAGACAUUUAGCAUGGAGAUAUUUCAGAGAGAAGUGGGACAUUUUGAACUCCAGGUAUGGAGAAGCUUUAUUUAUGAACUCAAAAUUAAUCAGCGGUGUGACAGAGUUUCUUAAUACUGAGGCCGAAUUGAAUGAGCUGAAAGAGUUCAUCUUGACCAGCGGAGGAGAGUCGGUGCCUGCGUUCGCUCGAGCCGUUGAGAUCGUUCAAGCCAAUGUAAAAUGGCACAUCCUGUUCCAGGAACAGUUUUACCAAUGGCUGCAGAAAGCUCCCGAUGGAUAAUGCAACAUUUAGCAUGGAGCGUUCAAUUAGCAUGGAGACUCUAUUAGACAUUUCGAGGCCAGUGACAUGAGGACACCUACGUCAUAUUAAAGAUCAAACAUUUACAGAGUCUGGGAAGCAGCACAACUUUACUUUUAUAUCCAUGUGAGGACUGAUGGAUCAGGAAAAAUUCCCAGAAAACAACAGUGCCGCCCUGCUGUCCAACACACUUACUACAACUGAGACUGUAAAAUGAAGAGGAGACUGGCAGCUUGAAUAAAACAGGGGUCUCAAACUCAAAUUGAUGGGGGGGCCAUUUCAGUGACUGACAAUUCAUAGCAGGACCGUUUUAACAUGCAAGCACAAAAAAGUGGAAACCUAACAAAAAGUAUGCUUUUUGUUUCUUGUUGUACAUAUUGAAGGGGUCGUUUAAAUUGCUAUGAAAAUACUACAAAUAAUAGGCAUAAUAAUUAUUAUUCUGUCCCAACCAAUUGUAUUGUCCCAAUAGUGUUAGAACAGCAGAAAACAGUUUGGGUAACUUAAGUGACUUUACUGGCAAUUGUUCUUCUCAAUUUCUUUCUUUUUUGUAAAACUACAGCAAAGAGGGAAAAAGAAUGUACACAUUCACAUUUACUUUAACAAGUUCAUUUCAAGUAGCAGUACAAUUUUACUUAUGCACAUAGUUUUUAUGCAAAUCUUAAUAAGCGUAUGAAAAAAAUCUAUUAAAUGGGACCAUUUGAAUCAGCUAUUAGCAAACUGAUCACAUUUGUUACACCACCAGCAUAACGUGCAAGCCAUAAAGAAGUGUUUGUACAACAAAAUGCAAUAGUAUAAAACUGAUAAUAAUCAAACGACCCUUGAAUAUUUACUAUAAUAGAGCUUUAGUAAAAAUAGAGAAAUUACAGACAUAUAUUUUAACGUUUAAAUCAGCCAUAAAAAUUAAAACGCAUGUGUGUUACUCCUGACCGUACACUGAGAAAAAAUAUAAGAAAAACGAAUCUGAAUGCAGUACCAUAAACAUCAACUAGGUGGCGGGUCAAUACCCCAAGUGGCUAGACGUGACUGCACAACAAUGAUAGUGGUUCAAAAAUCUAUGUUUUGGCAGGCAGAAUCUCAUUAUAUUUUUAACGUCAGGUGCGGGCUGGAGGGAGAGGAAGGGUGGCCCGUAAAUGGCUCAUAGGCUGGCAGUUUGAGACCCCUGGUAUAAAAUGAAUAGAUGAAAUUGUCAAUACUCUGGUCUCAGUCAAGUCCCAAUUUACUACAAACCACACAUGUAGAAAUAAAUAGCCAAACAGGCAAAUAUUUGAUCCUUUUUCUGGUCAGAUUGCAUUCGUAUCACAGUGUCCUAACUACACACGAUGCUGUGACACACAAAUAAAAAAAGUAUCUUUUCAAUGUUAAAGGGAGUUUUUGCCCAAACCAUCCACAAUGGUGACACACAGUUUUACUAUUUUAGAAAUGGUUUCCAGGUGACAUGGUGGCUCAGUGGUUAGCACUAUCACCUCACAGCAAGAAGGUCUCUGGUUCGAGUCCCAGCUGGGUCAGUUGGCAUUUCUGUGUUGAGUUUGCAUGUACUCCCAGCGUUCGCAUGGGUUUCCUCUGGGUGCUCCGGUUUCCCCCACAAGUCCAAAGACAUGCCCUAUAGGUGAAUUGGGUAAGAUAAAUUGGCCGUAGUGUAUGUGUGUGAAUGUGAGAGUGUAUGGAUGUUUCCCAGCAUUGGGUUGCAGCUAGAAGGCCAUCCACUGCAUAAAACAUACAGUAUGCCAGAUAAGUUGGCGGUUCAUUCCGCUGUGGCAACCCUUGAUGAAUACAGGGACUAAGCCGAAGGAGAAUGAAUGAAUGAAAGGGUUUCUUUUUCUGCAAUGUCACGGCUGAAAAAACAGCAUGACAAAGAUCACCUCAGGUGCUUAUUUUGUGCUUUAUUCAGUGUUAAUUGCUACCAAUAUGAGUUUGAAUACCUUUUUACAUGACAGCAGAUACAGAAGUCCUUCAGAUGUUGAAAAUAAAAUAGCCAGCAACAUAUAAACAUCAGAACUGUAAGCGUGCAAAUUAUCAUCAAUCACUCAGUAUGUUCUUGUAAUAACAUUAAAUAGGUUUAUUAUUUAUUAAUUCGGUUGUAAAUCUGUCUAUUUUGUUGAGUGUACUAUUCUUCUCUUAAAAAUGGCUGGCAUUUAAAUGUUUGCUUGAUUGCUUGAUACAGGAAUCUUGUUGGGUCGAGUGUUGUUAGGACGGUUAUAAUGUGAAAAAAAUCUUACAUUUUCUUUCCCCAAAUCAGCCAGAUUCAGAAGCUGUAUUUUCAUGUUUGAUAGCACCAACAACAACAAAAGAAAAUGGCCACAAAGGGACUAUUCUAUAAUACAUGCCUUUAUUUUCCAUAGGACUGCUGCGAUUCUCAGAAGAAACGAAGACUCUUUUUUUUAAAAAAGGUUUAAAUUUCAGUGAUAAGCUGCUGUUUGCUUUCCUUGCACAAUCACACCAUUUUGUUGAAUUCUAUUUUGUAUAGUAUCAAAUGAGGCCAUAUCUACCUUCAUCAAACAGUUAGCUAAAGAUAACUACAGGUCACAGGAGGAUUCAGACCAGGCCACUGUCAGUUGUCCGUUAUCAUGAACAAACACAGGUUUGUCUUAUUAGGGGUCGAUGCUAAUUAAGGAAUUCUUUAAGGUGCCUAUAUCUCUGUUGUAUUGGGUCAGUAGUGGACUGAAAGUGAGUUUUUACAAUGGACAUUCUAUGGUAUUGAUGAUGAUAUAACUUGAGGGAAAUGCAUAUGUAUGUGUGUUUAUGUAUAUAUUUAUACAAAGUUAAGUGCAUAUGGGUCAAAGAUGUGGAUUUUUUUCGCUUGUUUGUUUUUUCUUUUUUAAUAAAAGGGAUAUUUCACCCAUAAACAGCAUUAAUGUCAUCAUUUACUCAUCAUUUUCUUCAUCUUUGGAGCAAAAAUAAAGGCAUUUAAAUAUUUUUUUCAAGCAACCUAAAAAGCAACAUCAAAAGUACGACAUUGUAAGAGUAUCAAGACAUGGUAAAAGUAAUCCAUGUGCACUGAUUGGUUUAAUUCAAGAUCAUUUUUGUCUUACAUGACAUUUUUAAUCCAGCCCUUUAUUAAACAAUGAUCAAUGCACAUACGUAGAGCUUAUCAAAUAAGGUCACUCAUGUAAGAAUAAAGCUCAUUGGCUUGCAUGUUAAGCAAGCAUGGCUGUUUAAAUUACUGAAUUUUGGCUGAACUAUCCCUUUAAAUGAUUGUACUUAUGCAUUUUAUAUAGACAGUGAGAGGAAUGCUGUGCGUCUAUGAUGAGAGUAUUCA